AUGGCGCGGUACUUGGGUUUGCGAGGCCAUCGCCUCAACUUGGCGACCAUCUUGCUGGUUGUCUUACCGGCGUACAUGUGCUUUGGUUACAAUCUGGCGGUGGCUGGAGGGCUACUCACUAUGCCUUCGUUCAUUCAAGAAUUCCCCGACUUGGAUACGGUCAAUGAUUCUAGCGUUCACAGGUCGAAUGUUCAAGGUACCGUCAUUGCGCUCUUCACCCUGGGUGGUAUGUUUGGUGCAUUGUCGACCAUCUUCUUGGGCGACUUUCUCGGUCGGCGGCGGGUCAUUUUCAUCGGCUCGGCGUUGGUGAUCGUAGGCUCUUUACUCAUGUCGUCCUCGUAUUCACUCGCUCAAUUCAUCGUGGCGCGCUUGGUUCAAGGCCUCGGAACUGGUGCGACAACCGCCACAGUACCCGUGUGGCAGUCAGAGAUCUCGGGCUCGGCGCAUCGCGGCGCUCACGUCGUCACAGAAGGGCUCUUUGUCGCUGUCGGUAUCGCAGUCUCGUUAUGGAUCGAUUUGGGCUUCUCGUUCGUUGACACCAGCUCGGUCGCAUGGCGAGUUCCUCUCAUCCUUCAGACGUCGUUGGUCAUCAUCGUCAUGAUGUUUGUCCUCUUGCUGCCGGAGUCGCCGCGCUGGCUCGUGGGAACGGAUCAGUUGGAGAGCGCUCGCGAGACCAUCAGCGCUCUACGGGAGCUGGAUGCCCACAGCGACGCAGUCCAGGAGGAAAUCUGCACCAUUCAGUCUUCACUUGAAAAAGUCAAGAACAGCACCCGCUGGGACAUUCUGGGCAUGGGAGAGAAGCGCAAUGCACACCGAUUGAUCCUGGGCAUGACUGGUCAGUCCUUCGGCCAGCUUUGCGGCGUCAACUCCCUGACUUUUUACGCCACCAUCAUCUUCGAACAACGCCUCAACAUGCACGGCACGGAAUCUCGAAUUCUCAGCGCUGCAAUGGUGACCACGCAAAUCUUCGGGGCUCUUGCAGCCGUGCUCACAAUCGAUCGCUGGGGCCGUCGCCCUCUGAUGCUGACCAGUGCGACCGGCAUGUGCUGCGCGAUGGCUGUUAUGAGCGGCACAAGCUCGGUGCCCGGGAACCACGCGGCGUCGAUUGUCGCCGUGGUCGCGCUGUACGCCUUCAACCUGUUCUAUCCCUUUGGUUUCCUGGGCCUUCCAUUCUUGUACUCGUCCGAAAUCGCACCACCCCACCUUCGCGCUCGGAUCAGUGGUCUUUCCAACUGUAUGACCUGGCUGUUUAACUUUGUGGUGGUGGAAGUCACCCCGACUGGCUUCCGAACCAUCAGCUACCGAUACUACAUCAUCUGGACGGUGAUCAACUUUGCCAUUGCGGUGACUGUCCACUUCUUCUUCCCCGAGACCAAUGGGAGAUCUUUGGAAGAGAUGGAUGAGAUCUUCAUGAAGACGUCGAAUAUUUUCGAGGCGCCAAGAGUUGCCAAGCACAUGCCAAAAAGCUUACAUGUGGAAAACCAAUUCGAAGUCAGUGAGGCUUGA